UGUUUUCACUGCGGUACAGAUCGGAAAGAAGAUAAAUAAUAUGAAGACUGACGUCAAGUCGAAGACCGACGUCCUAAAGACGGGCAACAAGCCCAUUUGCCUGAAGGAUUGGGAAAAGUUGCUGUUGAAGUUGUUUAAUGCGGAAGCAAACCCAUCCUUCACACGUGUUGAAGGAGGACUCUCAGUUGGUGUCGCACAGAAGAAAACCUCAAAGACUGCAGCAACAGGCUCCGUGGAAUCCGACGACCAAGGUCAAGUUGCAUCAACGAGAAAGUCUGGCGCUUCUAAACGAUCUCGGCCGAUCGACAUCGAUGCACUCAUCCCACCGAAGCCUGAAAAAACCCAGAAAUCCUCGCUUUCGUCAGAAACUGAAGAGACCGCGAAACUGACCACACAGGAAUUGCAACGGCUUGUACUUGUAGAGCAGCUGAAAUUGGUUCGAAUGCAACUGCAACGGAUUCAAGCGACCACGCCGAUCAUACAUUCAGAUACUGAGUGA